AUGACUUCCAGCACCGGCCUGCCCGUGGUGGUAAGAAGCCAAGGCCAUUAUCUCCAGCUUCGUGAUGGGCGCCAGGUCCUUGACGCCUGCGGCGGAGCAGGCGUUACGUGUAUAGGGCACGGGAAUCUGGAAGUCCUCUCGGCAAUGAACGAAGAAGCCAGCAAUCUUACAUACAUUCCAUGGGCCUUCUUCGACAACCAGAGCACCAUUGACCUACAAGAUCGGCUGAUUCAAAGCAGCGGACGCAAAAUGACAAAGGUUUACCUUCAAUCCUCUGGCUCCGAGGCCGUUGAGGCAGCCAUGAAACUAGCCCGCGAGUACUUCGUGUGGAAAGGUGAGCCCCAGCGCGUCUCAUUCAUCGCCCGCGAGGACUCGUACCACGGAAUCACCAUCGGCUCCCUCUCCGUCUCGGGCCACCGGGCAAGACGAGCCAACUUUGAAGACAUUCUCCUCCCGAAUGUCUACCGCAUCCCGGCUUGCAACACUUACCGACAAAAGCUCCCCGCGGAGCCAGACGCAGCCUUCGUCGCCCGCAAGGCCGCCGAGCUCGAGGAGACCUUCCAAGCCGCCGGCCCUAACACCAUCGCGGCCUUUAUCGCCGAGCCUGUCGUGGGCGCUGCGCUCGGGUGCGUGCCGGCGCCACCUGGUUACUUCAAAGCCAUGAAGGCGAUAUGCGAGCAGCACGGGGCGCUCCUCGUACUCGACGAGGUUAUGUCGGGAUGGGCCGCACGGGCACCCUCCAUGCGUGGGAGCAUGAGGGUGUCGUCCCGGACAUACAUCGACGCUAUGCACGACGCCGGGGCCGUCUUCACGCACGGCCACACGUUUGGUAACCACGCCGUGGUCUCUGCCGCUGCGCUCGCCGUGCAGGGCAUAAUUGGGCGGCAGGGCCUCGUGGCCAACGCUCGGGACCAGGGUUGUUAUCUCGGGGCAGCGCUGCGGCGUCGGCUCGGAAGCCACCCGCACGUCGGCGACAUUCGAGGCAGAGGGCUGUUCUGGGGUGUUGAAUUUGUGCGGGACAUGGCAACCAAGGAGCCGUUUGACCCUGCGCUGGUGGUCGCGAAGCUGGUGCACGAGAAGGCGAUGGCGGGAGGACGAAGCGGCGGGCCUAUGAUGAUCUACCACGGCCAGGGCUGCGCUGGCAAUAAGAGUGGUGACCAUGUCAUGAUCAUGCCGGCGUAUAAUGUUGAUGCGCGGUUGGUCGACGUGAUUGUCGAGAGGCUUGGAGAUGCCGUGGAUGCCGUGUUUGAGGAGCUUGCGAAAAGGGAGUAA